AUGAGAGCUUUCAGUAACGUUUCCAGAAUUUCCAGAGUUUCCAGAGUUUCUAGAGUGGCCUUGGCUGCUCCUGCUAGGACUGUUCCAUUGAUGAACAGAAACGCCAUGUCCAUGAUGCGUUUUUACUCUGAGGAUGCCAAGGCUAGUGAGAAAGCCGGCGAGAAGGCCGAGGAGAAGGCUGAGGAGCAGAACCUCAGUGCUGAGGAGCAGAAGCUCAAGGAUUUGCAAGAGCAAUUGGACAAGAAGACUAAAGAGGCUGCUGAGUUGAAGGACAGGCUAUUGAGGUCUGUUGCUGAUUUCAGAAACUUGCAAGAAGUUACCAAGAAGGACGUUGAGAAGGCCAAGAGUUACGCUUUGCAGAAAUUCGCAAAGGAUCUAUUGGAAUCCGUGGAUAACUUUGGACAUGCGUUGGGUGCCUUCAAAGAGGAAGAUCUAGAGAAAUCUAAGGAGAUCAGUGACCUAUACACUGGUGUCAAGAUGACCAGAGACGUCUUCGAGAAGACUUUGAAGAAGUACGGUAUCGAGAAGCUGGACCCACUAGGUGAGCGUUUUGAUCCAAACAAGCAUGAGGCCACUUUCGAACUUGCACAACCAGACAAAGAGCCAGGUACCGUCUUCCACGUCCAACAACUAGGUUACACCCUGAACGAGAGAGUCAUUAGACCAGCUAAGGUUGGUGUUGUCAAGGAGGACUGA